AUGGUCGUGGGCCCAGGCCAAGGUGGGCCAGCCCCGGGGGCCACGCCGGAAAACGGGAUCUCCGGCAGGGGCACCUGUCUCCAAAUAGCCCCUGGAGAGGAGCUCCCGUCCCGGGGGAGUUCUCCGUGCCCCUUGCAGCGAGCGACUGAGAGCCCCAGGCCAUGCACGACAGAAGCUUCGGCUUUCCAGUACGGGGUGAGUUAUCGCUGUCUCCUGCGGCAGAACCAAGUGCUCCUGACGGCGCUAGAGGAGCUGCAAUCCCGUUGCGCCAGCCUCAAGAAGGAGAACAGCCUGCUGCGCAAGAGCUGCUUCCCCGAGACGCAGGAGAAGGUGCGGCACCUGAAAAGGAAGAACGCUGAGCUGGCUGUCAUUGCCAAGCGCCUGGAGGAGAGGGCCCGGAAGCUUCAAGAAGCCAACCUCAAGGUGGUGAACGCUCCGGUAGCCGUGAAGGGUUCUUGCGCGGGUCUCUGCAAGAAAGCGCUCGUCCGCCAACGGGCCACAGACCUGCGAGAGCAAGCCAGCGCGCUCCUAGCGAAAGACCAGCAAAUUUGCGCUCUACAGAGGCAGUACCAAGAGCUUCAAGCUACAGUCACGUCCGGAAAGGAUGGUUCCCCUCGCCCGCCUCUCCUGGACUUCCGCCAGCUGCUCCGCGAAUCUCAGAAGGAAGUGUUGCGUCUCCAACGGCAGAUUGCCCUGAAGAAUUUCAAGGCGUCGCUGGGCCCUUGCAGCCGGCGGCUGGGAGACGCCGCUGUGGCUUUGGCAGUGGGAUCGGGGCCGCCCGCGCCAGCCAGGUCCGCCUGCUCGAAUGGCUUCUCUCCUUCGAGGGCCUCACGGCAGCGAGAAAAGCUGUCCUCAGCGACGGAGGCAGUUGGCAAGCGUGGCUCUCUCAACCGACCUCCCCCCCGGGGUGGCGAAAUGGUUCCGCCCGCCCGCCCGGCCUGCCCGGCGCUGUCCGUGGUGCUGAAUCGGGAGGCGCCGCUGCCGGCAGGUAGGAGUCCGAGCGCGGCGGUGUCCAGGCCGUCCAGGCAGGCCUCGCCGCCACCGCCUCCGGGGACCGGUUCAGGAACGUUUCCUUUACCCCAAGUGCAAGAUGGAGCUGAAAGCCCCGUAAACAAGCGGGUCACAACUGCCCCUGAGAUCAAACAACAAAUCCAGCAGUUGGAGUCUGAGCUCCGGAAGAAGAGGAAACAGUGUGAAAACCUUGAGCAUGAAGUGAGGAAGAAGCACAAGAGAUACGCAGAGCUUGAAACCCAGUUGCAGGACGUGCGAAGUGAUAAUGUCCGCCUGGCUGAGGAGAACGCUCUGUUGCACGGACAAGUGGAAUGGACAGAGAAGGUUGAAUCCGAAAAUGCUGACCUGAGGCUACAAGUGGCUGUGGUGUCUGAGGAACGGGAUUCAGCUCUGCAGAAAACCCAAGAACUCCAGAACAGGCUGGAGAGUCUCGGGCAGGCGUUGAAGCACAUGAGAGAUGUCGCGGAACGAAGGCAGCAGCUGGAGCACGAACACGAGAAGGCUUUGGAGGCCUUGCAGAAGAAACAGGAUGAGGUCCGACACCUCCAGCAGGCCCAAGCUGAAGCGAGGAGAGACCACGAAGGAGCCGUUCAGCUCUUGGAGGAUUCCUUGGACUGUAUGCAGGCCCGGGUGCGAGAGCUGGAAGAUCAAUGCCAGAGCCACACAGAGCAGUUCAAAUUCCUCUCCCAAGAGCUCAGACGGUUCCACCUCCACGCGGGGAAGGCGGCUCCUCCAUCCUCCUCCUGCUGUCCUCCAUCCUUGGUGACUUCAGAGGUCGCCUUCGCCGCCUGCCGGAUGUCUCCACCACUCCUGGACAGCUUCAAGGAGAAAGAUCCAGAAAUUGUCCCUGUGUCUCCUCGGUGCAACAGGAAAGUUCAAGAUGAAGAAGAGGCGGAAGGGCGCCCCCCGGCCGCCCUCCGGCUCCCCUAUCCGGUGGCGUCUGCCGUGGCCAGAAGUCCAGAUGCCAGCAUCCCUCUGGUGGCCUCCAAAAAACCAGUCAAGAAACUGGAGUCUCAGUCCAGCUCUUCAAGAUCCGAGUCCACGCAUAACAGCCCCAAAUCCUGCCCCACCCCUGAGAUGGACACAGCUAGUGAGAUGGAAGAACUGGAUAUCGACAGCAUCUCGCUGAUCCCGGAGUCGGAGCACCAUGGCCCAGUGAAGCUCCGGGUCUUCUUAGCGCGAUACAGCUACAACCCUUUCGACGGCCCAAAUGAGAACCCCGAGGCUGAACUGCCACUGACAGCUGGCGAGUACAUUUAUGUCUACGGAGAAAUGGACGAGGACGGCUUCUUUGAAGGAGAGCUGAUGGAUGGCCGGAGAGGCCUGGUCCCCUCCAACUUCGUGGAGCGCGUUUCGGACGACGACCUCGUCUCUUUCUUGCCUCCGGAGGCCCACGACCUCUCCCGGAGUUCGCCCCUCGAACGGAGUUUCCUCAGCACGAGCCUCAGCAGCGGGGAGAGGAGCGAUUACUCCAUGGAGGAGCUCAGCGCCAGCACCUCACCCUCGAGGCUGGAAGGAGAUCCGCGAGAGGGCGGCGUCCUCACGGCAGUGCCUUACCCCAGAAAAGCGGCUCUGAUCAAACAGUUUGGUGGAAAACUCCUGGUGGGGUGGGAUCCCCCUCUCCCGCUGGCCGGCGGCUCGGACAUCCAAAGCUACGACGUCUACGUGGACGCUGAGCUCCGGCAAACCGUUAAAGCCGGGUGCCAGACGAAAGCCGUGCUCGAAAAGCUGGACUUAAAAAGCAGCACCUACCGGAUCUCGGUGCAAAGUGUUUCGGAGAGAGGGAGCUCGGAUCGGCUGCGGUGCACGUUCCUGGCGGGGGGCGAUUUUGCCUUAGCCCCAAGCCAGCUCAAGGUGCGCAGCGUCACGGCUACGUCGGCGGAGAUUUCCUGGGCGCCCAGUAACAGCAAUUUCCUGCACACCGUGUACCUCAACGGGCAGGAGCGCAAUGUGACCAAGGCGGGCGUCUACUGGUACACUUUCCGUUGCUUGGACCCGAACACUUCCUACGUGGCGGCCGUGGAAGUCCAGCCUCAGCGGGCGUUCUGGGAACCGUCCCCGGACAGUUCAGAGCAACCGUUGUCCACAGAGAUCCGCUUCACAACGAUGUCAGCAGGGUCUCCGGACGCUCCGCUGGAUGUCCGAGUGGAGUCUGGCCCCAUGCCGGGUAUUCUGGUCAUUAGCUGGCUGCCGGUCACUAUUGAUGCAGAAGGGUCGUCGAAUGGAGUGAGGGUCACGGGCUACGCCGUGUAUGCCGACGGACAAAAGGUGAUGGAAGUUACCUCUCCAACGGCAGGCAGCGUCCUGGUGGAGAUUUCCCAGCUGGGGAUCCUCCAGGUGUGCCGAGAAGUAUCCGUAAGAACCGUGUGUCUUCAUGGCGAGUCCGUGGAUUCGGUGCCAGCACAGAUCCCCUUGGCCUUCUUGGAAGACGGCGGCUGCCCUUCUCCGUCCGAGUUGAGCUGCCUUACCUCUCGGCUCUCACGCAGGGAUACGCGGGCCGCCCAUGCCGUGCAAACCUCCCCAGCCCAUGGGACGGAGCUGUCCUCUCCCGCUAACCAUUCCGGUGCCAAAUUCACCUCCCAGCCCAGCAACGGCAGUGAGAAGCCUGUGAGAUCCUUGCAUGCGGAGGCAUCCGCGAAUGGGCGCGCCUCUCCUGCCGGCACGGCCGGCACACAGGCAACACCCUCAGAAGCGGCUGCUCUCCCAGGGAAAGAAGGGAACCGUUUUGGGCCACUUGCAGGUGGAACAGUGCCUGAAGAUCGAACCACACUCAGGAAGGUUGUGCAGGAGGAACCUGGAGAAGACAACCAGGAGCAACUCCACGCGGUCAGAGCGCAAGAAGCGGUGCGCCCAGGGGGCCACGUCAGAGACCGGGGGACCAGUGGCGCCUGCUCCGUGGACCAGGGGACGAAAGAGCCGCCGGCCCAAAGAGGGCUAGAAAGUGAUCCGAGCUGCCUGGGGACAAAGUCGCCGCCCGCUAGCAGGCCUUCCGUGCAAGGAGAAAGCAGUUCCGCAGAACCGGGCCAAAGCGAGAGGCAAAGUCCAGAAUCUGUGUCCGGGUCUCUGGGGAGAGUCAAGCUACUGAAAGAAAUCUCCAAAGAUGACUCCGCCCUGCUGGCGCCCAGGGGGGAGAAAAGGUCAGAUCCGGGAAACCGCCCGCUGGCGCUCUUGGCGGACCACAGCCGCGGUUCUGACCUCUCCGAUAUUAUGGAAGAGGAGGAGGAAGAGGAGGAGGAGGAGGAAGAGCACGAGGAGACCCAGCGCUCCGGGAGGCAGGGAGAGUCCAAAUGGAACCCGGGUGAUCACCACGGCAGAGAAAACGGAGAGAAGGACCCCGGCGACACCGAUAGCGACGAAGAGAUCCUGGAACGGAUCCUGGAAACCCCGCUGCCCAAAAACUGCAGCAAAGUCCUGUUUAGCAUCCCGGAAGUGACGGAAGAAGAGGAGGAGGAGGAGGGAGACUGGGAGCAGGCCUUGACCAGCAGACGGGUCCCCGGCCCUCCAGAAAAGAAGGCCGUGGGCGGCUUCCUGGAGAGCCCUCCGUACCCCCUCGGAAGGAUGGAGGUUCCUCCUCCUCUUCCUCCUCCUCCUCCUCCGAAUGCUCAGCCAAAGAGGAACCUGGAUCCUUCGGAGCACAUCUUGCCGGAAAGGAGCACCCCCCAAAAGUUCGGAAGAGAGGAGGUGGACGAAGCCUCUCCCGGGAGCUGGGAAUGGGAUUGCCACGGGAAGGGGAUGAUGCCUGCAGCGGAAUGGAGGAGACCCGCCCGUUGCAAGGAGAAGGCCCGCGGCCAGGCCCUGGGAAGCAGGAAGAGGAAAGGGGAGCCCCGGGAGCGGAGCAGGCCCACGCCGAGCAGCUCGGCUCAGGCCGGGGGAGGCCUGUACAGAGCACAGAGUCUCAAGGAGAACCUGGAUGUGAUCACCAGCCUGGCGGUGGGGGCGGAGCUGGGGCUGUGCAACUGGCCGAGGUUGGGGCCCGGGCCCCUCGCUCAGAAGCGGACGCUGCCCCGGGAGGCAGCUGGGGACGCCCCGCCAAGCUUCCCCUGCUGCCUCAGCCCAGAGAGUUUGGAGAUUGACAUCGAGUACGACUCGGAAGACGACCCGGACUUGACCAUCACCUCCACCCCGGCCAGCCAGCUGAGUUCGGACGGGCGGGCCGAGGGCUCCCCCACGGACUGCGAGGAGGGCUGGAGCGACAGCUCCGGCCAGUCGGGGCCAGUCCGCUCCAGCGGGCAGCGAGAGCUGAAGCGCUGCAGCAGCUGGGAAGAAGAGAAUACCGAAUGGAGCGGGUCCCCCGGGCGGUCCCCCGGGCACCUCUGCUGGCGGAAGGGGCCCCCGGGUCCCGGCGAAGAGCGAAGCAGGAGCCUGGAGCGGAGCCCGUCUCUCUGGAGAGCCGCGCCCGACCGACCUCGGAAGGAGGCCGCCUGCCUGCCGCCGCCACCGCCGCAAACACGGGUCCGUGAGACGCUUCAUUCGCCCGCUGCCGUGGCCGCCGCUUGCCAUCCAUCCGGCUGUGUGUCGUGUUCCUGCGACGCCGUGCUUCUCCCUCCCCCGCUCCCAGGCUUGCUUGCAUUCUGCUUCCUGUGCCGCGCGCUUUCCAAAACGGAGGGCUCCCUCGUUCUCCGGAGCGGGUGGCGCGUGGCAGGGAGCGGCAACCCUGACGCGCUGAACUCCACGUGCUGGCAGGCCCCGAUCCGAAGAGGCAGAAGGCCCCAGAGGAAACGCCGAGAAGUAGUGGCACCUCCCGGCUCCAAUUUUGGCGCUUGGAGGAGUCUUUCUCCCGAAAUGAUGGACGACGGGGACUCGGCGCGACUCUUCGUGGCUCUCUUCGACUACGACCCCGCUUCGAUGUCUCCCAACCCUGACGCUGCUGAAGAGGAACUUCCCUUUCAGGAGGGCCAGAUUCUGAAGGUCUACGGCCACAAGGAUGCAGAUGGGUUCUACAGGGGAGAAAGUGGAGGCAGAACGGGGUACAUUCCGUGCAACAUGGUCUCCGAGGUCCAGGUGGACAGUGACGGCGCAAGGAAGCAACUCUUACAAGAAGGCCACCUUCCGACAUGCGUGCUGGCGGAAACACUAGGCAAUGGCGCAUUUUCUCCUUCUCCGCCUCUGCAGCGGCCUGCAGUUCGUCCUCCGAAGCCUCGGCGGUCCAAAAAAGCGGAGCGAGAGAAGCCAGAAGACGAGGAGCUGGCAUUUGGAGCCCACGACCGUCAGGACCUUAGCUCUGAAGACGACACCCCAAGGACGAUGGUGGCCAUCUUUGACUAUAACCCCAAAGAAAACUCGCCCAACCUAGACACGGAGGCAGAGCUACGGUUUUGUGCAGGGGACGUGGUGACGGUGCUCAGUUCCAUGGAUGACGAUGGCUUUUAUUACGGGGAGAUGCAUGGGCAGGAGGGCCUGGUUCCAUCCAACUUCCUGGAGGCUGCGGCGUCGGACGGAGCGUUGCCCGGUGAGCCAAGCCCCGGGAGGCAGGUAAGGGGGGCGCUUCGCUGGAUCCGGGCCCCAGCUGCAGCUCUCAGAUGA